UUAUUUAUCAGUAACAAUGUUAGUGUCUCUGGUUGUAGAAGAUGCUAUUUCUUUCUCCAGUCUCUAUUUUAACAUUAUACUCAUGCAACAGAAUUGAAGCCAGGAUGCAAUCUUUAUUGAUUUAUCUAUAGACAUCAUCUGAAAUGGUAGUAAUAUACAGCCUUGAAUUUGAAUAAACUUGUUUGAUAUGAGUAAUUUGCUGCCGAGCUUGGGCCGCUAAACUGAGCUGCGUCAAUUACGAGCACUCCUCAACCUAAAAGUGUGAAGUUUUUUAAAUAACAAAAGGUUUUCGCUAGGAAUUAGGAAGACAUCCCAAUAUUGUUCUGACUCGUUUUGAAUUAAGCACUCUGGCCAAUAUGCAGGAUGAGAGGUAUGAGUGCUUUCCUUUGGAGCCUCCUAACUGCCCGUUGCAGCUCUUCCCUCCAGCCUGCAACUUCUUUGCAAAUUUUACAGGCUUGCAGCACUGCCGCCAAAUGUUGUCAGAAUAAUCACAUGUAAGAAACAUGUGAUCUCCAGUUCCCAUCUCUUGUUGGCGAAAAAAGACAAUCCCCAUUGAUGGACAUCCCGCCAUGAAAGCAGCCUAUUUUCAGUAGGAAGUCCGUUUAUGCCUGAACUUAUUCCAAACAGAGGCUGCAGAUUGAAAAUGCCCUUGGGAGUUGUAUGUGAUAUCAGUAUCAGUAAACUGUAAACGGAAAGGGGUUCUCCCGAGGUCUCUGGUUUAUGUCAUAUUCUUCAAUCUUCGCCAUUGUUGUUUUGGUUGCAAUAUUAGAUAAGGCAAAAAGGCAAUUUCGAUGACCGAUGGGCUAACCCUACUCAGCGGGGCUAUGUAGGCCCAGUAAACGUCAGCCUGAUUAGCACGGCACUUUCUCUUCCACAAUCCAACCGAAAAGGCAAAAACCCUUAAACCCUCGAUGCUUGAAGCAGCAAACUCAAUUAAGUUAUGGGUGUCAGCACCGAUAACAUCCAACAACGGCAAGUGACGAGUAACCAACUAAAGUAGGAAUGGAUGAUGAAAAGAAAGGUCAUCUCUUGAGCUUUCUCAAAGUUAUUCCUCCGGUAGACUUCUGCUGUCUCUACGGCUCAGCUCUCCAUUCAACCAAUCAUGACAAGUCAACCAUGGUAGAUUUCAUACUCGGCGUGUCUGAUCCCCUGCAAUGGCAUUCUGAGAAUCUAAAAAUGAAUGCAGAACAUUACGCGUCAUGGAUGGUGCUUCUUGGUGGGGCAAAACUGAUUACUGAAGUUGCAGACGAUAUAGGAGUAGGAGUACACUUUAACCCGUUUGUUACUUGGGAUAACAAGAUGCUGAAAUAUGGAGUUGUUCGAAUGCAUGACUUGGUUCAGGACGUAUUAAACUGGGAGAGGUUCUACUUGAGUGGUCGUUUACAAAAACCGGUAAAUAUGCUCGUGGAUAAUUUGGACAUUGAAAAUGUAAACUCUGUUAAUUUGCGAGCUGCAGUGUCCGCUGCUCUCCUCCUCUUGCCACCCAAAUUCAUAGAGGAAGACCUUUAUGCCAAAAUAUGUAGCCUGUCAUACAUGGGUGACUUGCGUAUGCUAUUUGCAGAAGACCGAAAUAAGGUGAAGAAGAUUGUACAAGGGCAGUUUGAUUUAUUCCAGUCCAUGUAUAAGCCAUUUCUUGAAGAGUAUGAAGGCAAAGGCUUCUUGAGAUUCUCAUCAUCUGAAAAUCACUAUGCGCAUAUAUCUCAGGAUUGUGGCUUAACAGUAGCUCGCUCACACGUGUCUUCUCUUCCUCCAACUAUUAGAAGUCAAAUGAGGAUAAAGCUAGGAAAGAAGAAAGUAAUUAGUGAAUCUGGUCAGGUGUUGCAUGAAGUUGUUAUUGGGUCAAGAGAAGAGGCUGCAAAAUGCAUGCAGAAGGUUUUGAGGCGAACAGUCAUGGUUUCAAGUGCAAGGCAAGCACUAUCUGGUCUAUUGACUGUUGGUGGUAUUAAAGCUGCUAGUUAUGUCACCAAUAAAAUGGAGAAGGCUUGGAGAUCAUGGACAUGAUACUUUGCAUUUAAAUUAAAAGCCAAGGCGAGCGGGACAGGCAGGCAACUGGUUAUUUUGUGAUUACUGUUAAAAUGAGGGUACCAUGCUGUCUUUCUCAGACUUAUGAUUAUUAUUAUUUUCCUUUGUCAGUCCCUCUGGCGAAUAAACUCGUCAUUCAGAGGGCAAAAGAACUCCCUCUGUUGAAAGGCCAAUAGGGAUAGAGAUGUUGGA